UUUUCCUUUUUAUUUUUGGUUCAAGGAAUGGACUUAUUCAAAGUAAAAGUGCAUGUCUGACAUUGAGCUCCAUCCAUCACUUUAUUGGGUAAACACAGAACAGGCAGCAGGGGCGUGUCACAAAAUAACACAAGAUAUAUUUCAAGGGGUUUGUCAAGUCUGCUCCAAGUACAGCUGAGAAGCUGUGCUAUACCAUUCCCUGGUGAAUCUGAUAAGACAACAGGGAUUUCACAAUGGGCUCCAUCAGUGCAGCAAAUGCAGAAUUUUGUUUUGACGUAUUCAAAGAAGUGAAAUUCCACCGCAGCAAUGACAACGUGCUCUUUUCCUCCCUGAGCAUGCUUUCAACCCUGGCUAUGGUGUAUAUGGGAGCAAGGGGUAAGACUCAAUCCCAGAUGGAGAAGGUUCUUCACUUUGAUAAUGUUACAGGAGAUAGAGACAUUUCUGACUCCCAGUGUGGCACUGCUGAGUACAUCCACAGAUCAUUCAAGGAUCUCCUCUCAGAUGUCAGCAGGCAAAAUGCUACUUACUCACUCAGGAUUGCUGACAGACUCUACAUUGAAAAAACAUACCCUAUUCUUCAGGAGUACAUAAAGUGUGCAAAGAAAUCCUACAAAGCAGAGCUGGAAGAAGUUGACUUCAAAACAGCUGCAGAGGAAGCAAGACAGCUCAUCAAUUCCUGGGUUGAGAAAGAGACAAAUGGACGGAUCCAAGACUUCCUUGUGGCAGACUCUGUUGAUCUCAAUACUGUGCUGGUCUUUGUGAAUGUCAUUUACUUCAAAGGGAUAUGGAAAACUGCAUUUAAAGAAGAACACACUCGAGAAGAGCCUUUCAACGUGACCGAGCAAGAGAGCAGACCCGUGCAAAUGAUGUAUCAGAACGGCACCUUCAGAGUGGCAAGAGUGGCUGAAGACAAAAUUAAGGUCCUGGAGCUUCCGUAUGCCAGUGGCGAGAUGAGCCUGCUGGUGCUGCUGCCUGAUGACAUCUCUGGCCUGGCACAGCUCGAAAACAAAAUCAGCUAUGAAAAACUCCUGGAAUGGACCAGUCCCAAGGUGCUGGAAAAGAAGAAGGUGAAAGUGUACCUCCCACGCAUGAAGAUAGAGGAGAAAUACAACCUCACAUCUGUCCUGACAUCCUUGGGUAUGACUGACCUGUUCAGCCCCUUGGCCAACCUCUCUGGCAUCUCUUCAGCAGAGGGCCUGAGGGUAUCUGAGGCCAUCCACGAGGCAUACAUGGAAGUCACUGAAGAGGGCACUGAGGCAGGUGGCUCAGAGGUUGUGACUGGGGACAUCCAACAUUCCUCUGAGGUUGAAGAUUUUAGGGCUGACCACCCAUUCCUUUUCCUGAUCAAACACAAUCCAAGUGACAUGAUCCUCCUCUUUGGUAGAUACUGUUCUCCCUAAGGAGAAAAGGGCUGGAAAUAAUGCUUGCCUACUCCUAAGAAACAGACCUCCUUUACUCUAGCAUUGUAGUAUUAUCUCAUCUCUUCACUGUCUCUGAGUGGAAAGCCAUUAAUAUCUAGGGAGCUAUUCCUGAAGAAGUGUGUGACUUUUCAGAUCUUUGGGUGCAGAUAUUUCUGCUUACACAAGUUGUACUUAGGACCUAUA